UAAUAAAUGUAUUAUUCAUUGUUUGUUCAUUUUAAUUAAUAAAUUAACUAACAUUAACUAAUGGAACCUUAUUCUAAAGUGUUACCGCAUUCAGAAUUGAUCUGCAUAGGCCAUGUGUUAUCUACUUGCUAUAUAUUCUUCUACUGAGAUACAAGGGAAUUGGAGAGCUUGCAAAAGAAAGUAAAGAAAUGCAGGAAUGCUUGUUUCUUUUUCAGACACUUAACCUGUUACGUCACCAUAUAAUAUAUGGGUAUAAUAGGGUUUGUGUGGAUUCUUGCCUAAAAAAUAUCAUUUUAUUAUUAUUGUUGUUUAAUUUUAAGGUAGGUAUGAGUGCAGACUCCAGUGCUGCACACCUUUAUUUCCAUCCAGUGAAGAACUACUUUGACAAAAGCAGAUAUCAUGCUUUUGGUUUGGAUAUGAUAACAUUUGUUUCAAAUAUUUAAUGAUCUGCAUAAGCGUUAUUAGAGCCCUUGUUUCAAGAAUAUAUGUUAACUAAGCUGUGCAUAUUUACACGAUUGUUUACAGAAGAUACUUUUCUGCUUCAUCAAAGCCUUAAGACCUUUACGUACUAGUUCUAUUGUCAUCUUGGAUGGAUCUCUGACAUCUCCUGCUGACCCCCACUCUACCCAGUUCACUUGUUUUCAUGAAUUGCCUAGUUUGUAAUGUUGAUAUCUCAUGUGGUCUGUAGACCUGGAUGCUAAACAGUCUUAGUUUCUUUUACAAAGAUGCACAUUUUGUAUUUCAGACCAUUGUCCCCAUGAACAUAUACCGUAACACUCAAAACUCUGCCCAGUCUGCUGAUGGUUUACGCUGUGCUGUUAGUGAUGUGGAAAUGCAGGAACAUUAUGAUGGGUUUUUUGAGGAGGUCUUUACGGAGAUGGAGGAGAAGUAUGGAGAUGUCGAGGAGAUGAAUGUGUGCGAUAACCUUGGUGAUCAUUUGGUCGGAAAUGUUUAUGUGAAGUUUCGGAGGGAAGAGGAUGCUGAGAAGGCUGUAUUGGACUUAAAUAAUCGCUGGUUUAAUGCCCAACCAAUACAUGCAGAGCUCUCACCAGUUACAGACUUCAGAGAAGCCUGCUGUAGGCAGUAUGAAAUGGGGGAGUGCACUAGAGGCGGUUUCUGUAAUUUCAUGCACUUGAAACCCAUUUCUCGAGAGCUGAGGAGAGAGCUUUAUGGACGUCGUAGAAAAAGACAUCGUUCUCGGUCAAGAUCUCAUGAAAGACGCUCUGGUGACCGCAGUCGUGGAGGUCGUGAACGUGAGCGGAGAAGAUCAAGAGAUCGUGAACGGUCUGGAAGAUUUUGAGCCAUGACACCGUUUUGCUUCCUUUUUGUUGCUUAGUGUCAUCAACCAAUGACCAGCAUUUGUGUGAGACAUCAGAUGCCAUCUUUACUUGCUUGAAACCUUUUAGUUUGUCACUUUAUUUACCUUUUUUUAAGUGUACGUUUGAAAGAUUUUUGUUUCUCAAUAAAAAUGCAUUUUUAUAAA